AUGGAUCGAACGCGAGGCGGCACUGUCGCUCUACCAGACCCUUCGACUAUAGACGAAACCCUCUUGGACGCCUUCAUUUCAUUUGCAAGAAAUCCUUCAACCAUUGAAGACUGCGUGCUCGAAUGCAAUUCCGAACAGUGGACCUAUGGUGACCUCGACUGUAUUUCGACUGGCCUCGCACUCUCCCUCCACGAACGUUACGGCUUAAAUCCCGUCGUCGCAGUGCUCAGCGAGAACCAUCCAUAUGUGCUCGCAACUCUUUUGGCUGUCUGGAAAUUGGGAGGAAUAUUCGCUCCGUUCGACUGUCACGCGCCUCUAGAGAUGGUCAGAAAGAUGCUCGAGAACAUACAGCCAACUUCUGUUCUCGUUGCCGACGACGACGAGGCUCUAAAGGCAUUAAUACUCGACAUGAAGCUAUCUGCCAUGCCCUUUUCUUCCACGACGAUCACCGCCCUAAAUCAAAGUUUCUUACACCAAUCACCACAACUUCCCCUAUCGACGUUCCCACUUCCUUCUCCUGCGUCUACGGCAUUGUACAUUCACACUUCGUCCGCCUCCUCGCCUGAGAAUCUCAAAUGCGUCACAUUAUCCCAUGGCGCGGUACGCAUGGGAAGCGAGGCUAGAGUCCAUUGGUGGCGACGCAAUUGGCCAGAUGUGACAUUCGAACGAACAAAGGUCCUGGGAUGGGCCCCAUGGACCCACAUCAUGGGAAUUUCCCAUGACCUUGGAGCAGCAACUUUCCUGACAGGAGGGUGCUACACGUUUGGAAUCCCGCCGGCUCGAUAUGCAGUUGAACCCCUUCAAAAUUCUGACGCUCAUGCACCCACCAAGACUGAAAACAAGACUGAAAGCCCAAAGCCCAGGAAAUUGGACGUCAUUGACCGACUACUGGAUGCCGUGACGCGAGUUCGCCCAGACAUGUUCGCCUCCGUCCCAUGGGUAUUAGAGGGCUUCAGGGACCGCUACUCGCAAUUCCUGGAAAAAGGGGACAUAGAAGGUGCUGCCUGCGCUCGUGCGGCUCUCGGGCGUAUUAAAGUCUAUACCUGUGCUGGUGCUGCGAUAAGUGUGGACAACCUUGCCUGGGCUCGAGAGCUCAGGAUCAACCUCUCAUACGAUCUUGGCAUGACGGAAUUAGAAUUGCUCGUUACCAGUCGCUACAUUAGUCAGGGAUAUCUUAACUAUGACAACAACGCGUUCCGCAAGGCAGAAGAUGGCAGGAUCACAUUCAGGACUGGAGAUUUGUACGAGAAGACUGACGCUGGACGUCUCAUAUGGAGAGGGAGGAAGGAGGACUAUAUUCAAAUGAUCACCAGCGAGACUAUCGAUCCUCGACCAAUCGAAGACGCCCUAAAUGCACAUCCUGUCGUCCAAGCAAGCUGUGUGGUGGGCAACAACUUCCUGAAGAAACCCUCUGAAUUUAUUUGCGUUUUCAUCGAACCCGCCAUCUCGGACACGUCGAUCCCAUUUCCACAACAAAUCGCGGAAAUAACGCGAGCAGUUGCGUCGGUCAACCGAACUCUACCUCCGCCUUUGCGUGUUGCUUGGUCCAGAGUUGUGGUUCUGGAGCCUGGAGUAUCCAUUCCGUACACUCGCAAAGGUGCCAUAUUCCGAAAGAAACUAGAGGAAGUUUUUGCCAGGUUUGUCGCUCGCAUGCAUGAACAGGAUGUCACCGCGUUGGAAAAGGCUCCUAUUCCCCUGAAUGGACCGAAUCUGAUAAAUGGUACUGGCCAACGACCACGGAACGCGGCCUGGAAGAAAGAUAUCGUGGUAGCGAGGGUCACGGAGGCAGUUUCCAGCGUCUUGAAGAUCGACCUCGAGGGUAUCCCUGCAGAUUUGGAUACAUCGUUUGCUGAGUUUGGAAUGGACUCUAAUAUGGCCGUACGGAUCGUCAACAAGCUGAACGGUCUCUUCUCGUUACAGCUUCCGUUGAAUGCGUGCCACACAUACAUCAAUCUCACACAACUUACUCAAGCAGUCCUAGCCGAGCUCGGGCUGGAAAUUGCACCCAAGCAUGGUCGACCCUCGCUCGCCCCUCCUAUUCGGAAAGAUGCCGAAGAGGUUGUCAUUGUUGGACAAGCGCUUCGUCUUCCCGGCGAUAUCAACACGCCUGAGUCGUUUUGGGAGGCCUUGGUCAAUAAACGCAACGACAUUAUGACUCCUGUUCCAGAGGACCGAUGGGAUCAUGCUUCAUUUUACCGACCGUUAUCCUCAGAUACACCGCCCCAGCCUGGCGACAUCAAUUUCGAAAAAGCUGGUUUCGUCGAUGUCGCACAUUUUGACAACAUCUUCUUCGGCAUCUCCGGACCUGAAGCCUAUUAUGUUGACCCAACAGUGCGCCUGACAUUGGAGACGGCCUUUGAAGCGCUUGAAAACGCAAAUAUCCCCAUUUCGAAGAUCAAGGGUACCAGCAUGGGUGUGUUUGUUGGCGCAUGCUUGGACGAAGGCUUCACCCAACUGCUAUUCCAAAGCAACGGUUUUAAUACAUAUACGCGCUUUUUUGGAACUGGUGUAGCAGCCAGUACUGCAUGUGGAAGAUUGAGCUAUCUUCUCGAUGUUCAUGGACCAUCUUUGGUAACGGACACAGCGUGUAGCUCUGGCUUGGUUGUAUUUGAUCAAGCGGUUAAAUAUCUUCAAUCCGGAGAUGGAGAAGCGGCAAUCGUGAGCGCAGUAAAUACACGCGUAUGGCCAGGUUCUUUCGGCUUUCUCUCGGCUCAGAAAAUGGCCUCACCCCAUUCUCGUUGCGCAACUUUCACUAACGAGGCGGACGGUUAUGUCCCUUCUGAGGGUGCACUGGCUCUCGUUCUCAAGACCAUGAACGCUGCCAUUCGUGAUGGGGACAAUAUACUGGCAGUCGUGAAAUCAACUGAUGUAGUGCAUGGCGGUCGGUCUCAAGGGCUUGUGGCGCCGAAUCUCAAUGCGCAAAUUACGCUUCAACGCUCGCUUCUGGCGAAAGCUGGACUGGAUCCCGCUCAGAUUGACUUCCUCGAGACUCAUGGAACUGGUACUGCUCUUGGUGACAUGAUCGAAAUACAGGGCAUCAACGAAGUUUUUCGACAGUCGCACCCGGAACAACCUCUCAUUCUCGGCGCAGCAAAAUCAUGCAUUGGCCACACAGAAACGGCAGCAGGAUUAGUGGGUGUUUUAAAAGUUAUAGCGUCAUUCAAGCAUGCUGCUGUCCCCGGACUCAUGCAUCUUACGGAAAAUAAUCUGAAUCCUGGUCUCGACUGCAACAUCGUUCCUAUACAUAUACCGAGAGACACCACCCCUCUCCCACACAAGAAAGACAUUCCGUAUCGUUCAUUGGUCUUAGCAAAUGGAUUCGCGGGUACAAUGGCAGGGGUGGUGCUUGAAGACCCCAAGAGGUCACUUCAAGAACCAAGCUCUCCUUAUAGUGAUCUAGACAACAUUCCAACCCUCUUCGUGGUCACCGCUAAGACAGUGGAAGCUUUGCACCAAUAUCUUCGGGAUUAUCUGAAAUUUUGUCGCGCGACGGACGCCUCCCAAUUCCUUUCGAUCUGUUAUACCGCGUGCAUCGGUAGAGAGCACUAUCGCUACCGGUUUGCGUGUGUUGUAUCCGCCAUGGAGGAUCUAAUCCGCGCGCUGGAAGAUGCUGUUGCCACCUUUUCUGUCUCCGUCUAUGGUAAAUCCAGCGGACGCAUCUUGUUCGCAUUUCCCGGACAAGGCUCGCAGUAUCAAGGUAUGGCGGCGAUGUUGGCUCAACAGCACCCAGACUUCAAAGCUAUUCUCAUCGCUAGUGCCACUGCUGCUUCCAAGGCCUCCGGAUGUCCCAUCACUUCAUUUCUCCUUGAUCCAAAAACGCCCUAUCCAACGUCCAUUGACGACAGUACGAUCGCUCAAAUCUGCAUCUUUGUCUAUCAAUACUCUGUUGCAGCAUGGCUGAGGGCCUUGGGCAUCGAACCGUGUGCAGUGUUGGGGCACAGUUUAGGCGAAAUCGCAGCUGUCGCCAUCUCGGGUGCCCUCAGCUAUGAGCUUGCCCUCCAACUUGUGGUCACUCGUUCCGAAAUCUUGCGGUCGGAACCCAAUCAACCAGGCGGCAUGGCUAUCGUUGCUGCGUCGAAAGAGUGGAUACAACGCUUGAUUCAGCAGCUUCAACUAGAUGCUCUUUUGGUAAUCGCCGUUUACAAUGGUCCAGGAAGCCAUGUUAUUUCGGGGUAUCUUACGGCCAUAGACACGUUCCUUUCCAACGCCAAGAUACAUGGUGUUCGAUGCAGUAAGCUAAAUGUAAACCAAGGCUUCCAUAGUCCAGCGAUAUUUGGCUCUCUUCCUCCACUCCAAACUUGGAAUGAUGAAAACUACUCGUCGAUGUCGCCUCUGAACAUCGCAUUUUAUUCCACUGUUUCCGGAACAAUGCUUUCUGCUGGCACCCGGUUGGAGCCACACUAUUGGGUCGAACAUGCUCGGGAACCUGUGAGGUUUUCUGAAGCGAUCGACGCGGUCAAUUCAAGCAAAGGAGUCGACGCUAUCCUGGAUGUCGGACCUCAACCAUUUAUAUGGACAAACCUACAAGCAUCCCCCCAAAAUAAACCCAGUGUCGCCACAACUACAAAACCCACCUCCAAUCAGAGGUCCGCGCUUCUGAAGGCCAUGGCAUUUGCGUUUGAGCACGGAGCAACACUAGAUUUCUCCAGAUUUUUCCCUGGCGCAUUAACGAAGACACGCAUCCCAACUUACCCCUUCCAACGACAACGUCAUUAUCCUGCAUAUCCUCCUUCGCGCACCGGUUCACAAAACACUAUCGCUCAACAUGUCACAACGCUAGGUGUGGCGAAGACGAUACAUUUUCCUGUGGACGCGCCACUAUAUAACAUGCUGGCCGAUCAUCAGAUCGAGGACCGUCGCGUGGCACCUGGCGCCUCCUUGGUCGACUUCUUCGCUAGAAAUUCGCCUUCAAAAUCUGUGAAGAUUAUCACUUUCAAUUCUCCUUUGGUUUUGGCAUCCCAAAAUGCCAGGGUCACAGGAGUCCUCGACAAAGGCGGGCACUUUUUGAUGUACGGAGAUCGCUCUGCUACGGAUAAGGUCUGUUCAGGCGUCAUAUCUCCAAUUUGCCCUUCAGUUGUCCGUGUCCCUGUUGAUGGCUCGGCCCUCAAUCGCACCCUGAACAAGGACGAAGUUUAUGCAAGCUUUCGAAGUGUCCGAUUUGGUCCCUCUUUCCAAAACAUCCGACAGGUUCAACAAUGGGCAACUCGCGCGGAUGCAAUCAUUCAAGUCGACGUCAGCGAAUACCCCACUAAUGACAGGAUUCGGAAACUCGACGCCUGCCUGCACAUGUUCGGAGCCCUUGCGGAGGAAGAAGUUCCUCAAAUUCGCGAGAUGGACGGAUCGUUCUUGCCUACAAGCCUUGAAGAUUAUACUCUUCACUCAGAAGAACUGCCAGAGACCUUCAUCUGUCGAUAUCGGCUUCCCAUGGACACUGCUCGCAAUCACCAUGUAAUCUCGACCGCAUUCGAGGUCUUGUCGCUUACUGGAGAACUCCUGGUUUCAUGUCGAAAAUAUUCUGUUGCAUGGAUCCCAGCUGGGGUUGUCAUCCAGAAUAAGUCUUUGGAGAUCGUCAAGCCUCUGAAGACGCAGUGGUUGCAGCGUUGUUGGUCUUUGCAGCACGAACCCUUAGCGGACACAUUUGCGCCGGAAAAGAAGACAUUCGGAGAUAUGAUUUACUUCGGCCCUCAUCCACACCAUUCUCGACUCGCGCAAUUGCUUGUCCCGUAUGCCGAACGUGCGCAUUUUCUUUCUCUCACCACCGACCACGAUCCAGACAUCAACGGGUCCCCAUUCAAGACGGAUGCAUCCGAUUUUGAAACAUCAGCUAAGAAUCUUCUCGAGUCCCUGCGAGACACCAGUGGUGUGCUCGUGGUUCUGGACAUCAGCUCCUUGGAUAACAAUCCCACCUCGAGAGCGUUCCCUAAUCGCCUCCACGAGACGCUAUUACUUUUCAGGCUUCUGAUCAGCUGCAGAACCCAGAUCUCGAGCUUCAUCCUUCUUUCUCAGUCUUUCACAGCGCCACGUCCCGCAGGCGACCCACGACGUACUCUGAGUGCCGUCGAUGCCGAUUUGCCUAACGUCGCAGACGUUAUCCACGGCAUGCUUCGCGUUUUUCGUAGAGAAACCGGUCUCGAUGACGUCGUGCGGUCUGUGGAUCUGCCUUCCCUAGAUACACUCAGUGACGAUAUCCUCGACCGCGUUAUCUCGAAAGAAAUGGACCCUCGUACCGAUGGACAGGCUAGUGACAGAGCCGUGGUGUACCGCCAAAGCGACGACGGGGGGAUUUAUCGUGCCAUCCCUGUUUUACAAGAGCUCAACGACUUGGAUCAUCUGCCCGAAGUGCGUGGAAUAACCUUGAUCAUAGGAUUUGGAAGUAUAGGUUCGGGUCUGGCUCUGGCGUUGGCAGGAGGAGGAUGCAAGGUCGUGCUCAUCGGAAGGAGAUCACGUGAAGAAGUAGAGGUCUCGCUUUCUCUUUUGCAACAAGCAACGAACGGUCUUUGCGACUACAUUCAAGCCGAUGUUUGUAACUUUGACUCACUUCAUGCUGCUAUGACAGCUAUUCAAGCUCAACAUGGGUCCAUCGAAAACAUCGUUCACACUGCCGCAGUGAUAAAGGACGCGACCAUUCCAAACGUGGAGAACGAGGCUUUCGAUUCUGUGCUCAGUCCAAAGGUCAUUGGAGCGUGGAAUCUUCAUCUCAUCAGCAAUGAACUGUGCCCUGCGUUGAAAACAUUUACGCUUUUGAGCAGUAUAAGUGUUUCUCUAGGCAAUCAAGGACAGAUUGCCUACGUGGCAGGAAACUCCUAUAUGGAGGCUUUGGCUUCUUACCGUCAAUCCCGAGGAAUGCCUGGCGUCUGCAUUCAGCUAGGUGCAUGGGAAUCAAAACUCGUUGAGGACCUCCAUGCCGCAAACCAUCUGAUGACUGUCGUCGACAACAAAACCGGCAUUCCUCUGAUUCUCAAGGCAAUGGCGGCCCCCAUUCCUGUCCAAGUCAUCGCCAACCUCGAUCUAAACAAACUGGCGUCGAUACCUGCUUAUUCUCGCGAUUCGCUAUUUAAGGAGGUCCUCCCUCAACCGUCCUCCACGGAAACGAAGACGCCAGAUAAGCUUAAUCAACAAGAAGUCCUCGACGUGAUGUCGCGUAUAUUCCGCACCGUACUGGAACUGCGACCGUCAGAUGCUUUCGAACUUGCAGAUUCUUUGACCUCUUGUGGGAUCGAUUCUAUUUCUUUUGCUCAGAUUCGAGGAAGGGUCAUGAACGAGCUCCGAGUCGACAUCCCCAUGAUGUACCUCUCCGACUCUUUCACCGUUAGUGACGUUUUUGGGCACGUUGUAGAGAGAUAUUUAGCGUAG